AUGUCCUCCGCAACCAGUCCCCUGGUGGCAUUUGGGCAAAAGCAUGUCACCAAGGGUCUUGGGCGCCUGACCGAGGCCGUGAUGACGAAGGGUGAAGGCUCCUAUGUAUCUUUCGAGGACGGGCGACGCAUGCUCGACUUUAGCUGCGGAAUUGGCGUCGUCAAUUUGGGUCACUGCCAUCCGAAGGUCAGCAAGGCUGCCGCUGAUCAGUGCAUGAACCUUGUACACUCCCAAUGUAGUAUCGCUUUCCAUGGACCUUACCUACACCUCAUCGAAAGGCUACUACCUGUGAUGCCUCACCCCUCACUUGAUUCGUUCUUCUUCUGGUCAUCUGGAUCCGAAGCCAUCGAGGCUUCCCUGAAAAUGGCACGUACGAUCACUGGAAGACAAAAUAUCAUUUCAAUGCAAGGUGGAUAUCACGGACGAACAUUUGGAGCCAUGGCCGUGACAAAGAGCAAGACGGUAUACAGUGAAGGCUUUGCCCCACUAAUGCCCGGAGUUUUCAGUACACCCUUCCCAUACUGGCAUCAGUAUGGUGUUCCUCCUGCAACCAAUGAAGAUGAAUUAGUCCAGAAAUCCUUGUAUCAAUUGGAGCUUGUCCUCAAACAGCAAACAGCCCCAAGCGAUACAGCCGCGAUUCUCAUAGAACCUGUUAUUGGCGAAGGAGGCUACGUACCGGCCCCCGCUGCAUACUUGAAAGGAUUGAGAGAAAUAUGUGAUCAGCAUGGCAUACUUUUGAUUAUUGAUGAGGUCCAGACUGGAUAUGGUAGAACGGGUAAAUUUUUCAAUAUCGAAUAUAGUGGUGUGAGGCCGGAUAUCCUAGUUAUUGCGAAGGGUCUGGCGAAUGGUCUCCCCUUGAGUGGUGUUAUCAGUCGCCAGGAGCUCACUGACAAGCUCAAGCCUGGCUCGAUGGGAGGGACGUACGCAGGCAACGCAGUUUCUUGUGCUGCUGCUGUUGCCGUUGCCGAUGUAUUCAAAGAAGAAAAGGUGCUAGAUAACGUACAAGCUCGGUCACAAGAACUAUUCGAUUCGCUUACUAGCCUGCAGCAAAGCGCUGACGUGAGCUCUGCCAUUGUAGAUGUCAGAGGACAGGGCCUGAUGGUCGCCGUGGAAUUCGCCUCUCCGUUGUACUCCGCCAACGAUCCAGCAUUGAACCCCUCUGUACCUAAGAACAUGGCAUCCCGAGUUGCCAAACGGUGCAUGGAGAAAGGCCUGCUAAUUUUGACGACGUCUAUAUACGAAGUUAUCAGAUUCAUUCCUCCCCUAAACAUUUCUCAGGCGGAUCUGGCAAAGGGAUGUGGCAUUUUUGCUGAUGCUGUGAGAGAAGUUUUACGGGAAGGAUGA